AAACGCAAACUCACUUCACUGCAAAAAUGACCGAACAAACCAAGUUCAGCAUCUUGUGCAGCCUAUUCACGUGGACGCAGAGAACCAAAUCGCCGGCGAAGAAACGAGCCAAGUUUCGCAAGUUCCUCGACUCAUUCUGCACCGAUCACAACUACUUCGCCGCCAUUCGCCUCCUUCUCCCUAACCUCGAUCGCGAGCGUGGCUCCUACGGUCUCAAGGAGUCCGUGCUCGCCACCUCCCUCAUCGACGCUCUCGGCAUGUCACGUGACUCCCCCGAUGCCAUUCGCCUUAUCAAUUGGCGCAAAGGCGGUGCAUCCUCCGGCGCCAGUGCCGGCAAUUUCGCCCUUGUCGCCACCGAGGUGCUGCAGCGUAGGCAAGGGAUGGCUUCCGGUGGAUUAACGAUAAAGGAGUUGAAUGAGUUGCUUGAUCGGUUGUCUUCCAGUGAAAACAGGGCUGAGAAAACUUUGGUCCUUUCUACUCUUAUCCAAAAGACAAAUGCACAGGAAAUGAAGUGGAUUAUCAUGAUAAUCUUGAAAGAUCUAAAGCUGGGAAUUAGUGAAAAAAGCAUUUUUCAUGAGUUCCAUCCUGAUGCGGAAGACUUGUUUAAUGUUACCUGUGACUUAAAAUUAGUCUGUGAAAAGCUAAGGGAUCGCAAUCAACGUCAUAAGCGGCAGGAUAUUGAAGUUGGAAAAGCUGUGCGUCCCCAAUUAGCUAAGAGAGUUGCAAAUGCAGCUGAAGCAUGGAAGAAGCUUCAUGGGAAGGAAGUGGUUGUUGAGUGCAAAUUUGAUGGUGACCGUAUUCAAAUUCAUAAAAAUGGGACUGAGAUACAUUUCUUCUCAAGGAACUUUCUUGAUCACUCUGAAUAUGCACAUGCGAUGUCUGAAAUCAUAAUACAAAAUGUUAUUGUUGAUAGGUGCAUCCUUGAUGGUGAAAUGUUGGUGUGGGACAAGUCUUUGAAUCGUUUUGCUGAGUUUGGCUCAAAUCAGGAAAUAGCCAAGGCAGCAAGGGAUGGACUUGAUAGUGAUAGACAGUUAUGCUAUGUUGCAUUUGAUAUCCUUUAUUUUGGAGAUACUAGUGUGAUUCAUCAAACUUUGAAGGAACGGCAUGCAAUUCUAUGUAAAGUUGUAAGGCCAAUGAAGGGUCGCUUGGAAAUAUUGGUGCCUAGUGGUGGUAUCAAUAGUCGUUGUUCUUCUGGUGAACCUUGUUGGUCAUUUAUUGCUCAUAAUGUGGAUGAAGUUGAGAGAUUUUUCAAAGAAACAAUUGAAAAUAGAGAUGAGGGCAUUGUUGUAAAAGACCUCAGCUCCAAAUGGGAACCUAGUGAUCGUAGUGGAAAGUGGCUAAAAUUGAAGCCAGAAUACAUUCAAGCUGGCUCUGAUCUGGAUGUACUUAUCAUAGGCGGCUACUAUGGUUCUGGACGACGUGGAGGAGAGGUAGCUCAAUUCUUGGUGGGCUUGGCAGAGCGUUCAUCCCCAAAUACUCACCCUAAGCGAUUUAUCUCCUUUUGCAGAGUUGGUACUGGACUAUCUGAUGAUGAGCUUGAUGCUGUAGUAACCAAAUUGAAACCUUACUUUAGAAAGUGUGAAUAUCUUAAGAAGAGGCCACCAUGUUUUUAUCAAGUUACUAAUCAUUCAAAAGAAAGACCUGAUGUGUGGAUUGAUAGCCCUGACAAAUCAAUUAUUCUGUCUAUAACCAGUGAUAUCCGAACUAUAGAAUCUGAGGUAUUUGCUGCACCUUAUAGCCUGAGAUUUCCUCGGAUUGAUAGGGUCAGAUAUGACAAGGCUUGGUAUGAAUGCCUUGAUGUUCAAUCAUUUGUAGAACUAGUACAUUCUAGCAAUGGUACCACACAGAGGGAUACAGAAUAUGGCAGCAAACAGGACAGUAAACCAAGACAAAUGAAAACCUCCAUAAGGGGAGGAAAGAAAAACAUGUCCAUUGUUCCUUCUCAUUUAAUUCAAACUGAUGUUUCCAGCGUUAAGGGGGGUUCCUUGAUAUUUUCAAAUAUGAUGUUCUACUUUGUUAAUGUGCCUCCAUCUCAUUCUCUGGAGUCCUUGCACAAAAUAAUUGCUGAGAAUGGGGGAACUUUCUCGAUGAAUUUGAAUAACUCAGUCACCCAUUGUGUUGCAGCAGACAGCAAGGGUUUUAAAUUUGAGGCAGCCAAGCAUCAUGGUGAUAUCAUUCAUUAUACUUGGGUAUUAGAUUGCUAUACACAAAAGAAGCUUGUCCCCUUAGAGCCAAAGUACUUCCUCUUCCUAUCUGAACUGACAAAGAAGAAGUUACAGGAAGAAAUUGAUGAGUUCUCAGACUCUUACUUCUUGGAUCUUGAUCUUGGAGACAUGAAACAGCUCUUAAGCAGUAUUCAUAGGUCAGAAGAUCCCAGCACUGUCGAUCAUUACAGGAAAAAAUACUCCCCAAAGGAUAAGUGGUCUUUCUUUUGUGGAUGCUCCAUUUAUUUCCACACUGCAAUACCAUCACCUAGGGGAGAUUGGCAUUUUCUAUUGCAACUUGCUUUGAGGAGAUUCAAGCUUGAAGUCCUCAUGGGUGGUGGAAAAGUUACCUCAAAUCUUUCUGAUGCUUCUCAUUUAGUGGCCUUGCAUACACCAGAAUGUUAUACUGAUUUUGAAGAAAUACAGAGUUGUUUCAGUUCAGUAGAAAGAAAAAUUCUCCGAAGCAGGAGGUUGCAUAUAGUUAAGUCCCAGUGGCUAGAAGAUUGUAUGGACAGUAGCCAAAGAUUACCAGAAGACUCUUACAGCUUGAAACCCUGUGGAAUAGAAGAGUCAACUACUGAAGAUUGUGAACAUGACUUCGCGUUAGAGGCUCAUUUGGGUGGACAUAAUGUACAAGACCAAAAUAUAGCUUUCGCUGGCAAGGGAAGUAAACAGAGUGCAGAAGCUGCUAAUGAAGACAGCAUGACUUUGUUGUCCCAAGGGAAGGGAGACCAAAGAAAAAGAGGAAGACCUGCUGGCAGUGGUAUCAAAAAAGUAAGAAGAGUUGGAAACCAAACUCGAAGAGGACGACCACAAAUUGUGAAAAAGCGUGCUAAAAUAUGUAGGUAUGAAUCAGAUGAAAGUGAUUCUCAUGACGAAACACUAAUUAAGCAGGAGAUUGACACUACAGAAGGGAAUAUUGACUUUUACAAGAAACAUUCAGAACCACAGAAAACUGAGGAACGUGAAAAUGUCCGAGUUGCUGAAACAGUGGAAAGUUCUCAACAAAAUAAGGUAGAGAAGCAAGAGGACUUGACGUUGAAGGACAGCGAACAUGAAAGAAUGUUGGUUCCCGAAAAUGAAAUGAGUGAUAGGCACAAUGACCAAAACAAUGAGGUUGAUCCCGUGCAGGCCAUGUUGUUUGACAUGAUUCCUAGCCUUGCCACCCAAAAUGUUGAGCAACCUAUGAAUCGUAGUGUUGAAGAGAAGCUACCGGAAAUAUCCAAUGCAGAAGCAGAGCCUACUAUUACAAAGAAAAAGAAAGUUAGCUACAAGGAUGUUGCUAGCGAGCUUCUCAAGGAUUGGUAGAGCAUAGUCUUACUGAUGUAUUGCUAGGUCUUUAUAUUAGGAGCUAGUUGAUAUCCAAAUCUUAAAAUCAGGUUUUCUUUGGCUUUGCUUGCAAGUUUGAUAUCUGGAUUUUUUUUUUCUAGAUGAAUAAUGCACUAAUUUAUAUAAGGGUAGUAUUGAAUGAAAAUGUGAAAGUAUUUAACACUGUUGGAACUAGAGUGUUGUAUAUUUUUUUAAUAAUUAAGAUUUAUUAAAAGGAUGUAAGAUUU